AUGACUGGCCGCACGCGAGCUCGCCAGCGCGAGGACUUCCAGAUCGCAGUUAUAUGCGCGCUACCCCUCGAAUACGAUGCCGUCGCCUUCGCUUUCGAUGAGAUAUGGGAAGAUGACAAAGGUCAGCCGGGAAGCGCACAGGGAGACGGCAACGUGUACACGACCGGCCGGAUCGGAAGGCACAACGUCGUUCUGCUUCUCCUCCCUGGCAUGGGCAAGGCUCACGCAGCAAGCGCAGCGGCCAGGCUUCAGUCACGCUACACCGGAAUCAAGCUGGCCAUCUUGGCUGGCAUUUGUGGUGGAGUACCCAGCCCCGGGACCGAUAACGAGCUCCUGCUCGGGGAUGUGGUCAUUAGCAAGAGCGUUUUGCAGUACGACCUGGGCCGGAAGUAUCCUGAUAGGUUCGAACCGAAAGAUACUGUCGAAGAAAGCCUAGGGAGGCCUAGUAGGGAAGUCCGUUCUCUUGUUGCGACUUUCCAGACGCAUCAUGGCCGCACUCGCCUACAGCAUCGAGCCAGCCAAGUCCUAGAGCAAGUUCAGCAAAGGGCAAGUGAUGUGCACCGAAACCUGUACAAACGUCCUGUUGCAACAGAGGACCGCCUCUUCGAGCCAGGCUAUCUCCAUAGACACCGCGACUCGAGCCUGUGUGGCUGUAGCUUGUCGGGUGCAUGUGAGGGGGCACUUGCCGCUUCGUGCGAGGAACUUCAUUGCGACUUCUCGCGUCUUGUACCCAGGGACCGUCUCGAGGCGCAGAAAACGCAGGAAGCAGGAAAUGCCACGGCAACACAAGAGCUUCGCGUUCUGAUUGGACGCGUGGGAUCAGCCGACACCGUAAUGAAGGCCGGGCUAGAUCGCGACAGGAUCGCUAGAGAGCACGGGCUUGUCGCCUUCGAGAUGGAGGGAGCCGGCGUAUGGGACGAAGUUCCGUGUAUCGUUGUGAAAGCAGUCUGCGACUACGCGGACAGCCACAAGAACAAAAAAUGGCAGCAUUUUGCCGCAGCAACAGCGGCUUCGACAACGAAAGCACUCCUCGAACAAUACACGCAACUCGACACGCCAAAAGCUCCUCAUACAUGGUGUAGGUAG